AUGGGUAAAAAAAGAAUCACGAAAGCAUCUUCGGCACGAAGAAAAAUCCGCUACUCCAUCCCUACCUUGCUCAAGUUACGUAACGUACAAAGUAGAGUGAGAUUCAGGGAAAAUUUUACUGAUUUUAUAGCUCAAUGUCUGACCAAAAAUCACCGCAAAAGAUCCGAAAGAUAUACUACGGGUAUUCCUUGGGAUCCUAAUGAAGACUGGAGCUUCCCAGCGUCUACACCAAUAAUGACCUUCAACGGCCAAUCAUAUCUUUUGAUCCCAGUAUCGUCAGUGCCAAACAACGCCGUACCUCUUCCAGUUCGAGUCAUCUUGCCUGCAGGCGGCGACGAAAGCAAAAAAUUCCAAGAGCCUGAAAUAAGCCCAAAAAGCCCGGAUUUUUCCAGCGACAAAACCACCAACGAAAAUACUCCUGCAGUGGAUGAAGAAACCGACGACUCGUCGUACGAAAGCUCAAGCGUGCAAAUAGAGAUCCUCAUCGGCCCCAACACUUAG